AUGACGAAGUUCGAACCGCUCGCGAAGGGCGAGCGCGGGCGCGAUCGCGCGCGCCCGAGCGCGGCCGAGCGCCGAUCGCGCAUGGAAACAUUCAAGCGCACGGGCGCGCAUCCAGAACUAGAGAUCGACCCGGACGACGCGAGACGCGCGAAAAGGCUGGCGAACGUCGCGCGAAAGAACGCGUCGAACGUCAAGGCGUUCGUCGACGUCGAGGUGGCGGGCGAAAACCGAGGGUCGGUGGUGAUCGAGGUGUUGGAGGAGGCGGCGCCGCGCGCGGCGAGACGCUUCGCGGAACGCUUGGAGGCGACGGAGGGCGAUCGCGAUGGGGUGUCGUAUCGAGAUUCGUGCGAGAUGACGACGGUGGACGAUGAGUUGCGAGUGAGUUUCGGGGUUUCGGGGAAACGGGUGAAAACGACGAUCGAGGUGGAGGGAGAGCUCACGCACGCGGCGGCGGGCGUCGUCGGCGUGGAUCGAAGGAGCGGGGAAUUUUGCGUGACGACGGCGGCGUGUGAGUCUUUGGACGAAUCCGCGCAGGUCGUGGGGAGGGUUAUUAGUGGUUUAGAGAUUUUGCGCGCGCUCACGCACCGCGAGAAGGGAGAGAAGGUGCCGACUCCGGUUCGAGUGACGGCGUGCGGCGUCGUGCGCGGCGGCGCGGACGUUUCGGCUCUCGUCGGCGUAGCGGCGCGAGGCCGCGCCGAGGCGGCGGCGAAGGCGCGUGCUGAAGCGGAAAAGAUUAGAAAUGAGUCUCAGCACGACACGCUGAAGCGUCUGCGCGCGGAAUCGGCACAGAAAGGGGCUGAGAUGAACGAAAUCGUGCGCUCGACGUUGGGAAAGAAGCUGAAAGAGGCGCCAAAGAAGAAGCCGGGCGCGGGCAUGCUCGACUCCAUGCUCGGUUCGUCUUCGAGCGAUUCGGAGGAUUAA